CAGCACACACGCGAGAAACCACACGCACGCACCGACCUGCUCGAGAAAGAGAAGAAAAAAAACUGAAAGCCUCGUCGGCGGCGAGCGGAGAGCGGCCGAUGGCGGACGGCGGCGAGAUGGACGAGGAGGCCAUGCGGGCCUUCUUCCCCAUGUCCUUCGGCAAGGCGCCCGCGCGGUCCAGCGGCGCCGCCUCCGCCGCCCACGCCUCCACCCUCCGCAAGCCGCCCCAAAACCCUAGCGCCAGGCCCUCCGCCGCGGACGACGACGACGAUGACGACGGCGGCGUUAUGGUUGGGCCUCCUCGCGCGCCGCCCCGGACUUCCGGGGAGGGGGAGGACGACGAAGAGGGCGGCGGGGUGAUGAUUGGACCGCCUCGGCCACCUCCGCGGUCCUCCUCUCGCGGUGAGGGGGAGGACGCUGACGGUGGCAUGAUUGGGCCGCCUCGGCCGCCUCCGGUGAAGGAGGUGGAUGAGGAGGAGGAGGAGGAAGAGGACGAGGACGAGGACGACGACGGGGAUGACAGCGACGACGAGAUGGAGGAUGGCGGCGAGGGUUACAAUCGGAUUCCUCUCAGUAACGAAAUUGUUCUGCGGGGGCACACCAAGGUUGUGUCAGCUCUUGCUGUUGACCAUACAGGAUCCCGAGUGCUCUCUGGAAGCUAUGACUACACUGUACGUAUGUACGACUUCCAAGGUAUGAACUCAAAGCUACAAUCGUUCAGGCAGUUAGAACCGUUUGAGGGGCACCAAGUUCGCAGCUUAAGUUGGAGUCCAACAUCGGAUCGGUUCUUAUGUGUUACCGGUUCGGCUCAGGCCAAGAUAUAUGAUCGAGAUGGGCUUACACUAGGCGAGUUUAUUAAGGGUGAUAUGUAUAUCCGUGAUCUGAAGAAUACAAAAGGGCACAUUUCUGGGCUUACUGGUGGUGAAUGGAAUCCCAAGUCAAAAGAAACCAUAUUGACCUCAUCAGAAGAUGGAUCUAUCCGUCUGUGGGAUGUAUCAGACUUUAAAAGUCAAAAGCAGGUCAUAAAACCUAAGCUAGCAAGACCAAUGCGAAUUCCUGUUACUACAUGUGCAUGGGAUCAUGAAGGCAAACGAAUUGUUGGUGGGAUAGGGGAUGGUUCAAUUCAGCUCUGGACUGUAAAGACUGGAUGGGGAAGCAGGCCAGAUAUACAUGUUGCGAAUACACAUACAGAAGAUAUUACAGGGGUCAAGUUCUCUACAGACGGACAGACACUUCUGUCCAGAAGUAUGGAUAGUACUCUGAAGAUAUGGGAUUUGAGGAAAAUGAAAACUCCGUUGAAAGUUUUUGAAGAUUUACCAAAUCACUAUGCUGAAACGAAUGUGGCUUUAAGCCCCGAUGAGCAACUUAUCUUUACAGGAACUUCUAUUGAGAAAGAUGGUGAAAAUGGAGGCCUACUUUGCUUCUUUGACCGAAGGAAACUUGAGCUUGUAUCAAGGGUGGGGAUUUCACCACAGUAUAGUGUGAUAAGGUGUCUAUGGCAUCCAAGGAUUAAUCAGGUAUUUGCAACAGUUGGAGACAAGAAGGAAGGUGGUACUCAUAUCUUGUAUGAUCCUUCUAUUAGUCAGAGAGGAGCACUUGUAUGUGUUGGACGAGCACCGAGGAAAAAAUCUGUUGAUGAUUAUGAGGUGCAACCUGUAAUUCACAAUCCACAUGCACUGCCACUAUUUAGAGAUCAACCAAGUCGGAAACGGCAAAGAGAGAAGAUACUGAAAGACCCACUUAAAUCUCAUAAACCGGAAGCUCCAGUCAAUGGACCUGGCUUUGGUGGAAGAGUUGGUACUACAAAAGGCAGCUUGUUGACACAGUACCUCUUGAAGGAAGGUGGUUUGAUCAAGGAGACAUGGAUGGAUGAGGAUCCAAGAGAGGCAAUUUUGAAGUACGCUGAUGCUGCAGAGAAAGAUCCAAAGUUCAUUGCACCAGCAUAUUCCCAAACUCAGCCGAAUCCUCUAUUUGCAGAGUCAGAUUCUGAAGGCGAAGAAAAAAAAUAAUUGACAAUAUUAAGUUUCAUGCAUGAGCCUGGCAAUACAAUGUGUUUACUGCUGAGUAACUAAAGAGGGUGCAAAAGCGUCAUUAAGGCAAAGAUAACACUGGAGAUAACCUGUUUAGAAAACUUUAUGAAAGAGUUGUGGGAUGAGAAUAGCUGAAGUAAAAUUGUACCCGUUGGGCCCCAUGGCGAGCGAAGAAUAUUGUUGCAUAUUCAUGUUGUAGCAGUCUGGCACGACGUGGCUUUGGUUCACGGGUUACCGACACAUUUUCCAUUCGUAUGUAUACUCCAUGGCUCCAUUCUUUGUACUAAUCAUGUACUCCUGUUUGUGCGCCAGCAACUCAUAAGAACACGUUCAGUGUAAAAUUAUAUCGUUACUUGCAACUGAUGUGCAAAACACAUCAACGCAGUUCGGUUCCCAAUGACCAGAUGUAACUCUAGCUCAUUUUCUAGUGUAAUCAAUACACACUAAUACAGUUGCUUUCUUCAUUAUA